UCUGAGAAUACGCAAUCCACUGGGGGACACAAACCCACUACACAGCUGCACACAGGAGACUCAGCCAACGAAAUGGAGUAAAGUAUACUGUCCCUACUCGGACUCAAAAGGGAUAACAAGAAGAAAUCUGUGCCUCUUUGAGGAACGUAAACAAACAGGAUAUCAAACAUUCUUCCGCGUCGUCAGAUUCUGUCGAAUGCACAGGUCUCAGCGGCUCGUGCGGAUUCCUUCGGGCUACUGUAGCAAGAGCAAAGUGUCUUGAGGAGCGCGCAACAAGGAGGAAAAGAAACGUGUUGUAUCGACCCAGGGUUGAAGAUGGCGGACCUCGAAGCAGUUCUCGCCGAUGUCAGCUAUUUGAUGGCGAUGGAGAAGAGCAAAUCUACUCCAGCGGCCCGGGCGAGCAAGAAAAUCAUACUGGCUGAACCCAGUAUUCGCAGUGUGAUGCAGAAGUACCUGGAGGAGAGAGAUGAGCUAACGUUCGACAAAAUCUUCAACCAGAAGAUUGGUUUUCUGCUGUUCAAGGAUUUCUGUUUGACUGAAAUCGACGAGGCCGUACCACAGCUCAAGUUCUACGAAGAGAUUAAGGACUAUGAGAAGUUGGACUCUGAAGAGGAAAGGUUGUGCCGUAGCAGACAGAUCUAUGACGGAUACAUCAUGAAGGAACUCCUCUCCUGCUCACAUCCCUUCUCUAAGAAAGCAGUGGAUCACGUUCAGACUCACCUGGCCAAGAAGCAGGUGCCUCCCUCUCUCUUCCAGCCGUACAUAGUGGAGAUCUGUGACAGCCUGCGAGGGAUGAUCUUCCAGAGGUUCAUAGAGAGUGACAAGUUCACUCGUUUCUGCCAGUGGAAGAAUGUGGAGCUGAACAUCCAUUUGACAAUGAAUGACUUCAGUGUCCAUCGUAUCAUCGGUCGGGGGGGUUUCGGGGAGGUGUACGGCUGCAGGAAGGCUGACACCGGCAAGAUGUAUGCCAUGAAGUGUUUGGAUAAGAAGAGGAUCAAGAUGAAGCAGGGAGAAACUCUGGCUCUGAACGAGAGAAUUAUGCUGUCACUUGUCAGCACAGGGGACUGUCCGUUCAUAGUGUGCAUGACGUAUGCUUUCCACACACCAGACAAACUCUGCUUCAUUCUGGACCUGAUGAACGGAGGGGACCUGCACUACCACCUGUCUCAGCAUGGUGUGUUCAGUGAGAAGGAGAUGCGUUUCUACGCAGCAGAGAUCAUCCUGGGACUAGAACACAUGCACAACCGCUUCGUAGUCUACAGAGACCUCAAGCCUGCUAACAUCCUAUUGGAUGAGCAUGGUCACGUGCGUAUCUCAGACCUGGGUCUGGCCUGUGACUUCUCCAAGAAGAAACCUCACGCCAGCGUUGGUACCCAUGGGUACAUGGCCCCGGAGGUGCUUCAGAAGGGUACGGCGUACGACAGUAGCGCUGACUGGUUCUCACUGGGCUGCAUGCUCUUCAAACUGCUCCGAGGGCACAGUCCCUUCAGACAGCACAAGACCAAAGACAAACACGAGAUUGACCGCAUGACGCUCACUAUGAAUGUGGAGUUGCCAGACUCGUUCUCUGUGGAGUUGAAGGGUCUAUUGGAGGGUCUGCUGCAGAGAGACGUGGCCAAGAGACUGGGCUGCUUGGGACGAGGCGCCCCAGAGGUGAAGGAGCAUCUGUUCUUCAAAGGCAUCGACUGGCAGCAAGUGUAUCUUCAGAAGUAUUCUCCCCCUCUCAUCCCUCCAAGGGGAGAGGUAAAUGCAGCAGAUGCAUUUGACAUUGGCUCCUUUGACGAAGAGGACACCAAGGGUAUCAAGUUGUUGGACAGUGACCAGGAAUUGUACAAGAACUUCCCCCUGGUCAUCUCAGAGCGCUGGCAGCAGGAGGUGGCUGAGACUGUGUACGAGGCCGUCAACUCUGACACAGACAAGAACGAGGCCCGCAAGAGGGCCAAGAACAAACAGCUGGGCCAUGAAGAGGACUACGCCCUGGGGAAGGACUGUAUAAUGCACGGCUACAUGUUGAAGCUGGGCAACCCGUUCCUGACGCAGUGGCAGCGUAGAUACUUCUACCUGUUCCCCAACCGAGUGGAGUGGAGGGGAGAGGGAGAGUCACGGCAAAACCUGCUGACGAUGGAGCAGAUCGUGACGGUGGAGGAGACACAGAUAAAAGAUAAGAAGUGCAUCCUGCUGCGCAUCAAAGGAGGGAAACAGUUUGUCCUGCAGUGUGAGAGUGACCCAGAGUUUGUCCAGUGGAAGAAAGAGCUGACCGAGGCGUUUACUGAGGCCCAGAAGCUGCUGCGUCGCGCCCCUAAGGUCAUCGGGAAGGGUCGGGCUGGGGUGGUGGAGUUCUCCAAACCUCCUCUCACACACCGCAACAGCAACGGCCUGUAGGCCGCACACACCCACACACACACCGCCUCUUACAACCACAUCCCCUAUGACCCCACCCACCACAGUCCCCCAGCCCUAGACACACACACUCACACACACAUUCAAUAAAGCCCCACACUCUCACCCUGGAGUGUGUAUGGACCAAGCCUGCCAGCUUCUCUCCUCUGUUGUCACACACACACACACACACACCGAAAGUCACAACGUAUCAUCGGACCAUGCAUUGAAGAAGAAAAUAGGAAAGUGGGAACCAGUGCAUGUAUCUAAAGAAGACCAGAGCGUUUUCUCCCCUCCCUCUCCGGCUAGACCCUUCAGAAUGAUGCCACGCACCCCUCUUCCUCUCGCCCCAAUGGACUAUCAUUCCACACAGCUAACCUCACACACACACACACACACACCAACUGAACCUGGCAGAGCAGCAAAAACCAGUCCCGAGUAGGGGAGUGAAGACUAGGGCACCUGCCCCCGCCUCUCCUCCUCUUCUCUUCUCUCCACCCAUCCCUCCCUCCAUCCCUCAUUCCCCCAGCCUCGUCUUGAGACUGGACCUGAGCCACACAUAACUGCCGGCCACUCUCCACAGGAUUGGCUGACUGUAGUGGAGGGGCGGGACUUAAAGCAGGUGAUGAGUAUCUGGAUCAAUGGCACCGCUUGGAGAGAGGGGCUGGACCAAUAACAUUCCUCUCCUGUGAGCUCAUACAGAGGGGAAAGGAGGAGGAAAGGAGAGACUAAGCGGAGGAGAGAAAAACAGAAAGAUGAUGGGAGGAGGACAGAAGCAGAGACCUGCUGGGACAUACCAAGAGAAUGGCAAUGAACUGCGUGUGUGUAUGUGUGUGUACGCUAUUGUCGCUGUGUGUUCGCUGUGAGUGUCCAGACAUAGGGUCAUAGAGGUUGACAGCAGGCUGCAUUCCUUCAACAGAGAAUAAAAAAAAGGAGCGAAAGAUAGUUGCUUUGACUUUUGAAGAGACGUUUACCCUCUUCUUCUCCCCCUCCCUCCAUCUUCCCAUCCCUCUGUCACUGAAGUGCAUAAAGUGCCAAUGUCAAUAUUUACUUGAGUCACUUGAGCGCCCAGGAGGACCUGUUUUGAAAGCAGGCGUCGCCCCCGGAUACAGAACUCUCUGGCACGGAACUCUUGUCACCAUGGACCAACUUCUCCGAUUGGCUCCUGCACAGCUGCUGGUAACCAUAUACACUGGGGACCAUAUUGCACCCAUAACUAUGGGAACCGGGGAUGGUGUAUAUGAAGGACACACCGUCAAACAGAGAGAGAUGAAGGGGGGGGGAUGUACUGACUGACUAGUGGUCUUUAUGGGUCCACAGUAAGUGUGUAUAUAGCCCAAGCCUUUCUCUGUGCAUCUCCUGAAUACUACUCCAGUCCUUUACUCCAGUACUGCUCUACAACAUGUUUGCUUUAAUGGACACUUCUGCGAAUCUGUCCUCUGACAGCUUUCAUUCACCUGGCAGUGUGCAUACCUCAGAGCGGGACUGUGUGUGACUUUUGAACCCCAGAGGGCCAAAUACUUUGCUGUGUGAGAAAUUGUGAUUGUGUCAGGACAGUCCUAAUAUGUACGCCAUAGUCUUGCAGCCAUCCAGACGUAGAUUACACACACACACACACACACACACACACA